UUGCAGUGUUCAGCGAUUGAUUAUACCCGGCAUACGCUGGACGGUGCAGCAGCACUGCUCAACAGUAACAAGUAUUUCCCGAGUCGAGUUUCGAUCAAAGAAUCAUCGAUAGCGAAAAUUGGUUCGGUGUGUCGGCGAGUGUAUCGAAUAUUUGCACAUGCUUACUUUCACCACCCAGAAUUAUUCGAAAAAUUUGAAGUACGAAAGUACAACUUGAUGGCAAAUGAACAUCUAAUUGUGCCCGUACUGCCGGAGCAGAAGCAAAGUCAUUCAUAA